UUUGAUUUUCAUUAUAAAAGACUGUGGGGACUUUUUUUUCCAACCCUCACAAGUUUUUGUUUUCACCGUCUCUAUAAACCAAAAUCACAACAAAAUUGUUCAUUAUCGCUCUGUUGAGAUUCAGCUAUCUAGAUUUCUUCCAUCAUGGCUCCCAAUUUGCAAAACGAUUUUCUUCCUGCUGCUACUCCUGGACAUUUUGAUUUCUCAGCCCUGCUCAAUGAUCCAAAUAUCAGGAAACUGGCUGAACAGCUUCAGGAAACUUUGCAUGAAGCACCACAGGAUGAUCUCUCAAAUUCUCGUGAUCCGAAGUAUGCUUCAACCAUGCUACAGAUCGGAAAGAAUCUUGAUUUUAAAACCAUGGUCAGGCGCCUGAUUUGGGCUUUGAUGCAGGACCCAUCAAUGUCUUCCAUGGUGGAAAUUUAUACCGAUCCGUCACUUGAAGGCCAGCGUAAACGUAGAACGGCACACUUGAACAAAGAUCAAUGUUUGAAACUUAUUUUAGAUGAGAUAGAGAAUGGUGGUCCUGAAGUAAUGAUGAGAUACUGGAAUGAUGAGAAGGUUUUGAAGAUGUUUGGACUAGUCAUGGGCAUUCGUCCAUACUUUGGAGAUGCAGUUGCUUCUUUUGAAAAUUAUGUGCCAGAUGAGACAGGAGAUAUGGGAAAUGAAGAUUCUAAAAAUUCUGGGUCAGAUUUGACAGAAGAUAUGGAAAGUGAAGAUGAAGGGUAUGUGACAGAAGAAGAUAUGGAAAGUGAAGAUGAAGGGUAUGUGACAGAAGAAGAUAUGGAAAAUGAAGAUGAAUCAACUGUUCAUCAUACUGAAUCAACUGUUCAUCAUAUUGCUGUUGUUGACGGUGUUGAGUUGUGCUGUUGGAAAUUGGAGGAACGAUGCCAGGAACCGAGUGUCUCCCCAAUCUUCAUCAAAUCUCAAAUGCAAAUAGAGAGCAUACACGAAGAGCAUUCUUUGGUUGAAUUCAUGCUCAAACUCAAUCUACUGGACCUGCUCUUUAGACGUUAUCCCCGUGGGCCUGGUCCUUAUUAUCGGUACGGCUAUGUGAGGGCUCAAACUUCAAGGGUUAGACCAUCUUUAACUUCUACCCACAACCUACCUUACCAAGAAACUCAGCAGCGGGCUGGGAGAGAGGGGUUGCUUACUAUCCUGACUAGAGUUAUGGAGGAGGAGACUCCUUCAGUUCGAUUCGCACAGGAAUUCAUUCUAGCUCUCUAUGUGUAUCAUUGUCUUUGCAACGUGCAUUGUUUGAAGAUAGUAUAGACAGGGUGCAAAGCUAUGGAAAUGGAAUUGUGUGAUCAAUAUUUUGAAGACGCAAGGAUGUCAUAAUAGUCAAGCGAUGGGUCCUUUUGCCUAUGGAUAAUGUUUUUUUUUUUUUUUAGCCAAGUUUUGACUGAUAAUGUUUUUAUGUAUGAUUGCACUUCUUAAUUUUAAGACUGACUUGGUUAAUUUUGAUUUGCAACAAAUACUUUAUGAGUACACCAGGUGUAAGUCAGACUUACACCAAAUCUAAACCGUUCUAACUAUUUAAUCCAAAGGCUGAAAAUAUCCCAGCAAAAA